UAUUGGUAUUAUUUUAGUGUUACGUGUCUUCUCUCUUGUUUCCUACUGUCAUCUGCUGUCGUAAUGGCGUAUGUAGUUUUGUUAGAAAAGAUAAUGUAGAAGCCAAAAGUCCAUAUUGAGUCGGUUUUGUAUGAUUACAAGUCUCAAUUUGAUUACCCAGUCUUAGCCAUCUUUAGCCGCCUACUCUUCUUAACUCUGUCAUCUUCCAUUACUAAUUCUUGUUUCUUACACGCGUAAAUUAUAUUCAAGAUUCAGCCCUCUCAUCUACAAACUUCAGUUUGUACAUAAAUAUAUUUGAGAUUUUGUUUAGAUAGUUGACUUUUUUGAUUGAUGGGUGGAAAGAGUUCAAGAGAGGAUAGUUGGAGGCAAACUUCAUCAACUCGAUCUUCUUGGAAUCAAUAUAAUUAUCCUCAAACUCAAUCAUCUUAUCCACAGCAAGAUAGUUACAACUACCCACCAUCCCACCAGCAGCAGCAGGCUGUUCCUUCCUAUGCACCUCCACCACCCCAACAGAAUUAUCCUCCUCCACCACCCCAACAACAGAAUUAUCCUUCUCAUGUUCCAAAACCUAGACUUGAUCGGAGAUACUCCAGAAUUGCCGACAAUUAUUCUUCCCUGGAUGAGGUGACUGAAGCCCUUGCACGAGAGGGCUUGGAGUCUUCAAAUCUAAUUGUGGGUAUUGAUUUCACCAAGAGCAAUGAAUGGACAGGUAAGAGGUCUUUUGGUGGUCGAAGCCUGCAUCACAUCGGGCAGAAUUUGAACCCAUAUGAGCAAGCAAUUUCUAUAAUUGGAAAGACCUUGGCCGCAUUUGAUGAGGAUAACUUAAUUCCGUGUUUUGGAUUCGGAGAUGCGUCAACUCAUGAUCAAGAUGUAUUCAGUUUCUUUCCCGAUGAAAGAUUUUGUAAUGGUUUUGAGGAAGUUCUGUCUCGUUACAGAGAAAUUGUCCCCGAGCUAAAGCUUGCAGGACCAACAUCAUUUGCCCCGGUCAUUGAAAUGGCCAUGACAAUAGUUGAGCAGAGUGGUGGACAGUACCAUGUUCUAGUAAUCAUUGCAGAUGGGCAGGUAACUAGAAGUGUUGAUACUGGACAUGGGCAAUUAAGUCCACAGGAGCAGAAAACAGUUGAUGCAAUCGUACUAGCAAGCAAGUUUCCCUUGUCAAUUAUACUGGUUGGGGUUGGCGAUGGACCUUGGGAUAUGAUGAAGGAAUUUGAUGAUAAUAUUCCUGCUCGGGAUUUUGAUAAUUUCCAGUUUGUCAAUUUCACGGAGAUCAUGGCCAAAAAUGUAUCUCAAACUCGAAAGGAGACUGAGUUUGCUCUUUCAGCAUUGAUGGAAAUCCCUACACAAUAUAAAGCAACCAUGAUGCUUAACUUACUGGGUGGACAAAGUGGAACAUCUCCUGGUAGGGUAGCUCUUCCCCCUCCUAUGUAUGGGGCAACAUCUGUCGGUGGUCCGAAGACCUCCCGUGCAGCGAGUUUUCAGCAGCCCACAAGCCCUUAUUACGGUUAUGGAAAGCCUGCUGAUGCACCUCCGCAUUUUCAGCAGACUCCAAGUUCGUAUUAUGAUCACACUCGCUCAGUUGACACUGCUCCAUCUGCUCCCAGCUCUCCCUACAUUGCUCCAUCUGCUACCACCUCCUCUACAUACGACAAUCAGGUUUGCCCCAUUUGCCUUACUAACCCAAAAGACAUGGCCUUUGGCUGUGGGCAUCAGACAUGUUGCGAGUGCGGGAGAGCGCUUGAAAAUUGCCCUAUAUGUCGAAGUUCAAUUCAAACCCGAAUAAAGCUCUACUGAGUUGCUUGUUUUGCUCUGAUUCCUUUUGAUGCUCCUGCCUGCAAUUCUUUGUCAGUUUGGAUGUGAAAAAUUGGUGGUGAUGCUGAUUUUUUUAUUUGUUGGAUAGGGCUUUGGCAUUGCGCUAACACGAUUUCCUUCUUCUGUACAUUGUUUGAUUCUUGAUUGUACUUAUUUUUGCCAAUUAUACUUACAAUAUUAGAAGCUUAUGAUCCCCAGUAUAAAAAUAUUUGUAAAUCAUUUGUUCAUUGUCAUAUGUUGUGCCCUUUUAGAGUCUUUUGGGAUGGUGUGGAAACCUUGUCCUCCUGUUGGUUGCAUGUAUGGUUGGCUUAUGGACAAUUGGCCCUCGAUCCAAAUGUAACAUGCUGCUUCAAGACCUAAUGCAGUUUUAAAAUGGUUUAGUGA